AUGUUAGUCCAUCGCAUCGAACGUGAUCAGACUGUUGAUCAUCAUUAUUACAUCAACCAGUGUUUACGACCUCUGAUCGACGAGAUCAAACGUCAAAGACCUUCGUAUGGGAUUCGUGGUAUCAAAAUUCAUCAUGACAAUGGUAGACCACAUGUGCAUAAAGAUGUAUCCAAUUAUCUUGAAUCUGAAGGCCUUAUAAUAAUACCGCAUUCACUUAAUUCUCCAGAUUUAUCACUUUGUGACUUCUGGUUAUUCGACAUGAUCAAAAAUAAUCUGACUGAUCAAGAUGAUUCAGAAUCAUCACAUGAUGCUGUGACCGAUUUCAUGCACUCCUUAAAUUGCGACGAGUACAAAAAGACCUUCUAG